AGAGCGGCCGGCAGCAGAGCCGGGCAGCACGGGCAGCGGACUGGGGGGCGCACGGGGCCCCCCGGGGAGGCCGCGGCCACUCCCCCCGCCCCGGGGCCGAGCGCGGCGGGGGAGGCGGGGAUGGAAACGCCCUUCUACGGAGAGGAGGCGCUGAGCGGCCUGGCUGCGGGUGCAUCGAGCGUCGCCGGUACUGCUGGGGCCCCCGGCGGUGGUGGCUUCGCGCCCCCGGGCCGCGCGUUCCCCGGGGCGCCCCCGACGAGCAGCAUGCUGAAGAAAGACGCGCUGACGCUCAGCCUGGCGGAGCAGGGAGCGGCAGGAUUGAAGCCCGGGUCGGCCACUGCACCUUCCGCGCUGCGCUCCGACGGCGCCCCCGACGGGCUGCUGGCGUCGCCGGACCUUGGGCUACUCAAGCUCGCGUCGCCGGAGCUGGAGAGGCUGAUCAUCCAAUCCAACGGGCUGGUGACCACAACCCCGACCAGCACGCAGUUUCUCUACCCGAAGGUGGCGGCCAGCGAGGAGCAGGAGUUCGCUGAAGGCUUCGUCAAGGCGCUGGAGGACCUACACAAGCAGAGCCAGCUGGGCGCGGCCACCGCGGCCACAUCAGGGGCCACCGCGCCCCCCGCGCCCGGGGACCUGGCGGCCACUCCUGGAGCCACGGAGACCCCCGUCUACGCCAACCUGAGCAGCUUCGCGGGUGGCGCCGGGCCCCCUGGGGGCGCGGCCAACGUGGCCUUCGCCGCGGAUCCAGUGUCCUUCCCGCCGCCCCCCGGAGCGCUCGGGCCGCCGCCACCUCCGCAUCCACCGCGCCUGGCUGCGCUCAAGGACGAGCCGCAGACAGUGCCGGACGUCCCGAGCUUCGGCGACAGCCCUCCGCUGUCGCCCAUCGACAUGGACACGCAGGAACGUAUCAAGGCGGAGCGCAAGAGGCUGCGCAACCGCAUCGCCGCCUCCAAGUGCCGCAAGCGCAAGCUGGAGCGUAUCUCGCGCCUGGAGGAGAAAGUCAAGACCCUCAAAAGCCAGAACACCGAGCUGGCGUCCACCGCCAGCCUGCUGCGCGAGCAGGUGGCGCAGCUCAAACAGAAAGUCCUCAGCCACGUCAACAGCGGCUGCCAGCUGCUGCCCCAGCACCAGGUCCCCGCGUACUGAGCCUGAGCGCGGGGCGCAUGCGCGAACUCGCUGCGGUGGGGGGGCGCCCAGGACUCCUCCGAGACUCGGCGCCCCCGGACUCGACAAGCUGGAUCCCCCUUAACUCCGGGUGGGGACCCCGAGCGCACAGCCCCCGCCCUCGCGCCACCUCUGUUUCCCCAACCCCGCGCGUGUUGCACAAGCCCGUGCCCCGGCCGCCCCUUUGUGCCGCCGAGGAGGGGCUCCGAGGGGCGCGCAGCCUCACGCUCUGCCUUUCUUUCCUUUUUUUUUUUUAAUUUUAAUUUUUUUUUUCCUUUUGGAAGAGAGAACGGGAGUGUCCGAUUCCGCCCUAUUUAUGUUUCUACUCGGGAACAAACGUUGGUUGCGUGUUGCGUGUGUGUUUCCUUGUGUUGGUUUUUUAAAGAAACGGGAAGAAGAUUAAAAAAAAAAAAGCCUCCCUUUCCCCUUCCUUCCCCUCUCUUCCCCCUCCCUCCUCCCGACACUUGUCCCUCUCUUUUUGUUUGGUUUUGUUUUGCUACGAGUCCACAUUCCUGUUCCGUAAUCCUUGGUUCGCAGGUUUUGUGUUUUCAGUAAAGUCUUCGUUACGCCA